UCGACUGCUCUUGCUGAGUGUAUUUCGUGUGGCUUCAAUCUACAGAAAAAUCAUCUGAAAUGUCUGGACGCGGAAAGGGAGGAAAAGUGAAGGGAAAGGCGAAGACUCGCUCCAAUCGUGCUGGGCUCCAAUUCCCCGUGGGACGUAUCCAUCGUCUCCUGCGCAAGGGAAAUUACGCUGAGAGAGUCGGUGCUGGAGCUCCGGUUUACCUGGCUGCCGUCAUGGAGUAUCUGGCUGCUGAAGUUCUUGAGUUGGCCGGCAAUGCUGCCCGUGACAACAAGAAGACCAGGAUCAUUCCGCGUCAUCUUCAGUUGGCCAUCCGCAAUGACGAGGAAUUGAACAAAUUGCUGUCCGGAGUCACAAUUGCCCAAGGCGGUGUUCUGCCCAACAUCCAGGCAGUUCUCCUGCCCAAGAAGACCGAGAAGAAGACAUAAAUCCUGCAAUUCGUCUGCUCUCAACUUCCACAAAAAAACGCCCUUUUUAGGGCGA